ACAGCCGCUUCCGGCAUGUUCGGCUCCGGACACAGAGGCGCCGCGGAGUGGAGGGACGCGGCGGAGGCCGAGAGACUCCAAUGCCCAGCGGGCCGUGCGCGGGUGGCGCUUGCGCGCUGCGCCGACGGGGGGGCGGUCGGGCCAUUUAAAUGUGUGUUUGUGGGUGAAAUGGCUGCGCAGGUCGGAGCGGUGCGCGUCGUGCGGGCGGUGGCGGCGCAGGAGGAGCCGGACAAAGAGGGCAAGGAGAAGCCCCACGCGGGGGUCUCGCCGCGGGGCGUGAAGCGGCAGCGCCGAGCGAGCAGCGGGGGAUCCCAGGAGAAGCGGGGGCGACCCAGCCAGGACCCCCCGCUCGCCCCGCACCGGCGGCGCCGCAGCCGCCAGCCCCCCGGGCCGCCGCCGCCGCCGCCGGCGGCCGCCGCCAGCCUGCCGGGCCCGGGGGAGCCGCUGCUGCUGCCGCCGCCGCCGCCGCCGCCUGCGCCCGUGGCCGCCCCGCUGCCGGCGCCGGGCGCCGCGGCCCUCUUCACCUUCUCGCCGCUGACGGUGAGCGCGGCCGGGCCCAAGCCCAAGGGCCACAAGGAGCGGCACCGGCACCACCACCACCGCGCCGCCGAGGCAGAGCCCGGCGCCGGGCACCAGGACCAGCAGGAGAACGGCGAGCGGGCUGCCGGGGCGCCCCCGACCAAGGCCCCCAAGAGAGAAACACCAGAUGAAAAUGGUAAAACCCAGAGAGCUGAUGAUUUUGUCUUGAAGAAAAUAAAGAAGAAAAAGAAAAAGAAACACCGAGAAGAUAUGCGAGGAAGACGCCUUAAAAUGUACAAUAAGGAAGUACAAACCGUCUGUGCUGGUCUGACCCGUAUCAGUAAGGAAAUUCUCACCCAAGGACAAAUAAAUAGCACUUCAGGAGUUAAUAAGGAGUCCUUCAGGUAUCUGAAAGAUGAACAGCUGUGCCGGUUAAAUUUGGGAAUGCAAGAAUAUCGGGUACCCCAGGGAGUACAGACACCUUUUAUGACUCACCAGGAACAUUCUAUUCGUAGAAAUUUCUUAAAAACAGGUACUAAAUUUAGCAAUUUUAUUCAUGAGGAACACCAGUCCAAUGGUGGUGCUCUUGUCCUUCAUGCUUACAUGGAUGAACUCUCAUUUUUGUCUCCAAUGGAGAUGGAGAGAUUUUCUGAGGAGUUUCUUGCUUUGACAUUCAGUGAAAAUGAGAAAAAUGCUGCUUACUAUGCUUUAGCAAUAGUGCAUGGAGCAGCUGCUUAUCUCCCAGACUUCUUGGAUUACUUUGCUUUUAAUUUCCCCAACACUCCAGUGAAAAUGGAAAUUCUGGGCAAGAAAGAUAUUGAAACAACCACCAUUUCAAAUUUUCACACUCAGGUCAACAGGACGUACUGCUGUGGCACCUACCGAGCAGGCCCAAUGCGGCAGAUAAGUCUUGUUGGAGCAGUAGAUGAAGAAGUUGGGGAUUACUUCCCAGAGUUCCUUGAUAUGCUAGAAGAAUCACCAUUUCUGAAAAUGACUUUGCCCUGGGGAACGCUUUCCAGCCUCCGACUCCAGUGUAGGUCCCAGAGUGACGAUGGGCCUAUUAUGUGGGUGCGGCCUGGGGAGCAGAUGAUCCCCACAGCAGAUAUGCCAAAGUCACCCUUCAAAAGACGACGAUCAAUGAAUGAAAUAAAAAACCUUCAGUACCUACCUCGGACCAGUGAGCCCCGUGAAGUCCUCUUUGAAGACAGGACGAGAGCGCACGCUGAUCAUGUGGGUCAGGGGUUUGACUGGCAGAGUACGGCUGCUGUUGGGGUUUUGAAAGCUGUACAGUUUGGUGAAUGGAGUGACCAGCCUCGCAUAACCAAAGAUGUGAUUUGUUUUCAUGCUGAGGAUUUUACAGAUGUUGUACAGAGACUUCAAUUAGACCUUCAUGAACCUCCAGUUUCCCAGUGUGUGCAGUGGGUGGAUGAAGCUAAACUAAACCAAAUGAGGCGGGAAGGCAUUCGUUAUGCUAAAAUUCAGCUAUGCGACAAUGAUAUUUACUUCAUCCCUAGAAAUGUCAUUCAUCAGUUCAAAACAGUGUCUGCAGUGUGCAGCUUAGCGUGGCAUAUACGACUCAAACAGUAUCACCCUGUGGUGGAAGCCGCUCCGAACUCAGAGAGCAAUUCUAGCACGGACUGUAAUUUCAUUGGAAAGCGAGAAUUAGAAGUUGACUCUCAAUGUGUGAGGAUAAAAACUGAAUCUGAAGAAACCUGCACAGAGAUGAAGCUAUUGACAGCUGCUUCAUCCUCCUUCCCACCUUCAUCAGAACUUAACCUACAGAAAGACCAGAUGACUCAGCCUAUUCCCAUUCUAAAGGUGGAAAGUAGACUGGACUCCGACCAGCAACACAAUCUACAGGAACAUUCCAGCACGCCUGUGUGAUUUGUACAUAUCCAAACACAUUUUUUAACUUUUUUAAAUUUUGAUGUGAAGUUAUAGUUUUAUAACUGGCUUAAGUUAAGUUUUAUUGGAGAAAUCUUGCCUAUAAUUCUAUAAAGAGAAAUGACAUUCCACAAAUGUCAAGCAUAUCUUUUUUACACAGAUUAUGCAAAGUUAAGAGUUGUAUCUUAUCCCGUUAGUACAGUAUGUAAUAGUGGGUCUGCUGCUACUUUCUGUUUUAAGGUGUGAGGUAACAAUUCAAUCUCUUCUUCAAAUCAAAAUGAGAAUUCUCUGGAAUAACAGAUUCUUAUUUGGUAAAUUAUUCAGGUCCCUUAACUUUAUCUUGCCCUGUCUCUUGCCAUAUUUGCUGUUUUCUGAAGACCAGAUUUAUGAUUUAGUACUUGUGUCUUUAUAGCAUAGACUGAAUUUCUACGUAAAAAUGGCUUAAGAUGGCAGAGAGAAUACUUGCAUCUUUAUAUAUGGGCAGAUAAGUUAAUUUACUUCCAAACAUGAAAAAAAAAAACCCGCAAAACCCGAAAACAAAUAGUUUCUAAGGAAAAUUCAGUGGCUCUCUGGUUUCUUAACAAAAGAGAAAGCAUAGCACUUUCUGAUUCAAACUGUCUUUUUUUUUGUAUCUGUUGUUUAAAGCCCAGUGAAUAUUUCAAUUAAAAAUAUCUAAAGAUGAAUAGUCCUUGUUCAUUCAUUAUCUACGGUUCAUGAAUCUCUUCUAUACAUGGUAACUAUGGAAGAUAUUUUGGGUCAAAGAGCUGAAUGAUACUCUGUUGUUCUGCUUCCUAGCAUCCUCACAUAUAUGUGUGGAUCCUUACGCUUCCUCUAGUGAUCAUGAGUAUCAAACUUAAAAAAUGAUAUCUUUCUCAUGAGGCUGCCAUAUUUUGUGCAUAAAACUUAGGAAAAGCUACUUUUGUCACCUGACAUCAGCAUCUGUGAUAAAGACCUACUGUUGAUACAUUUCAGUUCACAGUUUUAACUGGUAAAUACACAGAUUUACUAAUUUUAUUAUUUACUACUGCUUUGUGUUGCUAUUUUCUGACAAAGAAUAUAGCACUAGACUCAUCUAGAGUUUCAAGGUAGCCUCAGGUUUAGUGCCUGAGUAUUAAAAAAAAAUUGUUUUUCUUGAACAGGCACAGUUCAUAUAGCUAGUGUAUUCUUAUUAUUUUAGAAUGUUAGUACACACUUUCACUUUCUCUUAGUUAAAAAUACAGUAGGCCUUUUGGUUUAUUAAUGGAAGAGUAUUCCCCACACCUAAGACCUGUAUCUACCUGGUUAUAGUGCAAUUUGGAGAUUUUCUUUCCUGGAGGGUGAGAUUUGGAAUAUUUACAUUAACAUAGGCAAAAAAAAAAUGCUGAUUUACUAUGUCUGUCACCAUGAAAACUUGGCUGCAUCUUUUGAAAUAUCAAAUAUGAAUUUUCUCUAAAAUAUUCUGAAAUAGGUUAAAUAUUAUAUAAAUAUUACUUUGUGCAAUAUUGUUGUGUAGUUAAAUGCAUAUUAGCAAAGUAUAGGGGUCACUGUGUAAACCGAUAGAAAAGUAAACAUCAGCAAAUACUGCAGUGAUAGUUAGAAUCUGUAUUAUUCCUUAUAUAUAUGUAUAUGUAUGUAUUCUCUGUUACAAAGGAUGAAGACAAAUAGAGAAACAUUUCAAUGUAAACCAUUUAUGAAUUGGAAGUGAUGUUGGUUUUAGUUCUCUUUGUAAAUAAGGUAAUUAGGAUGGUAUGAAAAGUAAUGUGAUUAUUGCAGGGGUGUUUUUAAAUCUUGGGUAUAAAUUCUAGGUAAAUUCUAGUUUAUCAAGACUAAUUUUUAAGGAAUCCGCCUUCAGGGGUGGUGGUGUCUUUUUUAAUUAUUUUGGGAGGGAGAGGAUUAAACACAAAGUAUAUGGACUUGGGUUUUUCUCUUGGGGUUUUCUUUUUCUUUUUCUUUUUCCUGUCCAGAAGAAUUUCAUAGAGCUUUACUCAGCUGUGCAAAGUAAAAUUCUUCUCAGGCAACAAUUGCUUUUUCAAAUAAUCAUGAAUAAGAUUGUUAAAGCAAAAACUUUAAAUUUUCCUUGUCUUCCAAGAUCCAAUUUUCCCAUUUCCCACUUGCCAUCCAGCAGAUGCCAUCUGUCAUCUAAGCUGGUCAUUGCUAAUAAACAAGGAGACUGUCUCCUGACAGCCAGCACUAUGUUUAACCACUCAGGAACCAGCGGAUCUGCAAAGACCUACAAUAAAAAAUAAAUCCCCAUUUUCCUUUUAUAAAACAUUCACCCUCACGUCCAAUAUAAACAUAUAAAAGAGUAUAAAAAUGUUUAAGAUCAUGUACUAAUGAAUUCAUUGUAUAUUAGGAUUGCAAUAGAAUGAAGAGAGAAACAUUUAGCUAGUAAUGUAUCUGAAAACUGAAUGUCCUAUGUGAGUAUUAGAUUUUAAUAGCAUGCUUUAAAGACUGAUGACUAUAAAAGCAGCUUUCAAAGUUGUAUCCUAGUUUAGUGAUACAAAUGAUUGCAACUUUUCUAAAUCAUUAAAUUACUUGGUUUUGGUGGAGUGAGGCAUGGAGCAAUCGGGCGUCUUCUGAUUUGUAAAGUAGUGAUGGCAGUGAAGUUGUAACUGAAAUUGAAACUAAACUUCCUUUUUGGUAUAUUAUUUGUUGUGCCAACUCUUUGAGAUUACUUGCAGAAUGUGGCUAUAAGUUUUAGUAUUUUGUGGAGCAGAGGGAUCUUUUAAAAAUGUAUUGAUGCAAAGGACCCAAGAAAUGAAUAUUCCUAAUUUAGUAAGUAGAAUACUUUUUCUGAAAAGAGUCUUCCUCCUACCCCGGCAGUCAUUCUGUAAUUACCAAGAUAUGUUAGGAGUUAGGAUUAUGGCUCAAAGAGGUAUUCCAAAUUCAUAAAGCAAUAAUAAAAUCCUACAUACUAGUUUUCCCCUCAAGAGUUUUAUCUCUAAAAAUGAAUUCCUGUGCUUAAUUGUACUUGUAAUAUGCUUGUUCAGUAGUCAAUUUGUUUUAUGGGUACAAAUUUUAUUUGUAUAAUUAUCUUUUAUUUUUAAAGACUUUUUUGCAAGAUGCCCGUUCUCCUUAGAGACACUUGGCAUAUCAGUUGAUUAAUAAAACAAACUCAUGUAGGAAAAGUGCUUGUUAAAGAAAUUUACUUCCUACAUCUUAGGAGAAGCAUCAGUCUUAAUAGACUUAACAUUCAGACUAACUGAUCAGAGAAAUUUGUUUAAUUUCCCUCUAUAAAUGUUUAGAAUGAAAGUUUGGACUCUUUGGAACAAGAGUCCAAAAUUCAAGAAAGUCCUUAAGAAUAUUCUUGAUCAUUGUUUUCAUCUGUAUCUGCCGUUACAAACUUUCUUGCAUUUUUACCUAUAGAAUAAUUGAGUUUGCGUCUAAUCUGUUUUAUCAUUGCUACAGAUUUUAAAAAAGAACCUUUCACAAAUACUUGCCCGAGGUUCAUAUUUCUGCUUUGUGUCUUGUCUUUUCAAAACAGGUAAUAACUAUAUUUAUUGGUCAUGAAGUAAAAGGAGAAAAUGUAAAGACAGAAUUUUUCCUUUAGCAUAUAAGGGACCUAUCCUCAUUUUGAAAGUUUGUUGCUUUAAAAGCAAGUAUCUCUCCAUAAAUGACCUUCCAUUUUCUUCAUACACUUUUUAGGAUCCACUUGUGCAUGUAGUUGAGACCAUUGUCUCUUAAUAUAGCACUUUUCAAUUUUCUCGAAAGAAAUACGUACUGCUUCUAUCACGUUGUAAAUUUUCAUGUAAUAGUGUUUUCUGUGACUAAACUCCAUUUUGAUUGGCAGCUAAGACUUUUUUUUUUCCCUGUGGCUUUAAUUUAUCUAAGAGGUCUUUACAUAUAGAUGAAAUGUAUAAUUUGCCUGGCGGACUAUUUGCGUUAUGUGGCCUUAGUUUAUUGACAUUAACAAGUGUUUUAAAAGGUUUUUAAUGAAUAGUCUUAAUCUAAAUUUGUGUGAAUAAUAAUCCUUUUAACAGUGCUUUUUUGUAGCUGUCUAAGUGUGUUAAAUUGUUAAGCUAUUUCUUUGUAAAAUAGGACAAUGGAAUGCAUAGAUUUUUUUUUCCUGUAAAGUAUUUUUUUAAUAAACAAAGUUUGAUUUGUCCUUUACUGAUGUUUCAUGAAAAAAAAAGUGCAGAUGAAUUUUAGCUACAAGAAACAUGCUUUUAAAGUAUGACAUAACACUCAGCUUUUGUUUUCCUCUUUUACUUAUUUUUUAUUAUUUCUAAGAAUAUGUUUUCUACCGCAUUGCACUCCUGGCAUUGCUCAGGGCAGCAGUGCAGGACUGCUGCUUCAGGGAAUCAGGGCCGCGCCUGUGAGGCGGGGGUGCUGAUGUGCAUUGCAAGGGCUAGAACUCAGGGCCCCACACAUUUUAGCGCAUAGCAUGUACCGCUGGAACCAUACUUCCUGUCAAAUGGGUUUUUAUCUACUUGUGAGAACUCACAUUUUUAAUCUGGUGACGUGGAGACUUUUGUAAGUGCAUGCAUGAAGUGUUUGUUUACAGAGUGUAGAGACUUCGAUGCCAUUAUUGUAUUAAAAUUAUUUUUUUCUUUA